AUGACGAUCAAGGAAUCCUCUAGCCCAAAGGAGUUGACACAGCGGUUCACUCCGUUUGAAAAGCCUGUAAACCCCAUUAAGGCCCCGGUAUUUGACCUCACCCCGGAACAGCAGGACAAGUACGACAAGGUGUUGGCUCACUUCACCAGUUUGGAUGGGAUCGCUAUGAACGAGGAAGCUCCAGCAAAGUCGCCCAUUACCGAUGCUGAAAAGUCCUGGUUGACCAAAGAGCAGUUUUUGCGGUAUUUGCGCGCUACCAAGUGGAACGUCACCAACGCCAUCAAGCGUAUCGAGGAGACGAUGAUCUGGAGAAGAUCGUUCGGGUGCAGCGGUACGGAAACGGACCUCCUUACGGCAGAGUUGAUUUCCGAGGAAAACGAGACGGGCAAGAUGUUCAUUUUCGGUUACGACAAUGAUAACAGGCCGUGUCUCUACUUGAGAAACGGGUACCAAAACACAAAGCCCAGCAUCAAGCAGGUGCAACAUCUCGUAUUUAUGCUCGAGAAAGUUAUCACCUUUAUGCCGCCAGGACAAGACACAUUGGCUUUGUUGAUCGACAACAAGCCGCCGGACAGCAAGUUUGUGUCUUCCAAGUUCCCGCCUUUGGGUAUCACUAAGCAAUGUUUGCACAUCUUGCAGUACCACUACCCAGAGAGACUCGGGAAGGGCUUGUUCACUAACCUCAACUGGCUCUUCUGGGGUUUCUUAAAACUCUCCGGGCCGUUCAUCGACCCGUACACGCGCUCCAAAACCGUGUAUGAUGUUCCCUUUGUGGACUACGUACCAGCUGAGCAGUUGGAUAAGGAAUUUAACGGCAGUGCUGACUUCCAAUACAAGCACGAGCAGUACUGGCCCACGAUGUUGAAGAUGGCUGAAGAGAGACACCGGACGUAUGUGCGCAAUUUUGAGAGAUUGGGUGGCAAGAUCGGGUUGAGCGAGUACGAUUUGAGACUUCCUCUGGAAGAUUAG